AGAUCUGUCAUUAUCAGGUUGGCGUACUCUCCUCCUAAGUUGUUCUUAAUUUCAAUUCCUCAAAUUAACUAAAACGUAUUAACGAUUUUACAUAUACUUAUCACGAUAAAUAUGGCAAAUACAGAAGAACAAAGUGGCAUUAAAACAUUGUCCCAACUGUUUGACGAGGUUUACGCCGACUUCAAAAAACUGGUCGAUCACGUCGACCUCAAUUCACCUUCCUCUCAAGAAUUCAUCCUCACAUGUAUAAAAACAUUGGAACACAUUACUCUUCAAGUCUCCUCGCUCGACAUGUUCUCCAGAAACGAAAACUUUAAUGAAAUUGACCCCAGAAAACUAAAAUUCCUCCUCCUCCCCUACAUGCUCGCCUCCCUAUGGCAAUUUAAAGUUGGGCGUGACGACCGGAAAAAUAUUUGCCAAGUUAGCUCCGUUUAUUUCAAAGAUUUCCUUCAACGGUGCAUCCAGUAUGAGAUCAUCACCUCGUCGGAUCAUUUAAUACGUGAUGACGACAACCAGGAUGAGGAAAAUGAUGUCCAAAAAACAACCCAAAAAUUGACCCCGGAAGAAAGACGAGCCCUAAAAAUACGGAAAUUUAAGCAAAAUAAGGAGUUGGGAGAAGCUCUAGAGAAUUAUUCGUACUUUUCAGAAGAUGACGGUUUUUCCCAAGAAAUUUAUCUCGCCCUGAUUAAACGAGCCAUUCUCGACUCGGAAGACCAACUCGAAGCAAUUCGAGCUGAGCUGGAUUUGAUAAAAUGUCAUGACGAAAAUCCGGACAAUUUUGUCUCGUCGUCGACAUCAUCCCCUCCGUCGAAACCCCUGCAACCCUUCAUCAUUACGAAGGAUGCGGCACAAAAGACCGUUUAUGGCAUGGGCUACCCCUCCCUGCCCAUCAUGACGGUGGAGGAAUUGUAUGAACAACGACGCCAAGAGGGGCAGUGGGGGCCCCCUCCGACGCCACAAACGGCCCGCAAUCCUGAGGAGGAUGCGGAACUGGAGCGUCGCAUGAAAGACUUGAUGGAAGAACGUGAUGAUCCUGAGGAACUGGAGAGAAAGCGGAAUUUCGACGAGUACAAGGACGAACACCGAAGGGGGUGGGGAAAUCGGUUCAAUCGAAGUUAAUUAAUUGUGUAAUUAAUUUAUGGAUCUCCUAAUCGUGGCAAUGUUCAUGUUAAACUAAUAAUAAAAAUAACAGGAAAAGUCAUAAAU